AUGCCAGAGGCAAAUGAUCCUCUUAAAGCAAGAGACUUUUGCACAAAUAUUGGCGCUUUUGCUGCGGGAACUGUUUUAGCCUGGACGUCACCUGCAGCACCAGAAAGACUAAAAUCAGAAUACAAAAUAGAAGUGAGCACAAAUGAAUAUUCUCUAAUCGGAUCUAUUGCAACAGUGGGCCUAGCUGCAUCAUGUCUCCCUACUGGAAUUCUCAUCGAUAUCAUUGGGCGCAAAUUGGGAAUGCUAAUAAUGGUAAUACCAUUCAUCCUUGGUUGGGCUCUAAUCACUUGGGCAGCAAACGUUGGUAUGAUGGUUGCUGGUCGAUUUAUAAUUGGAUUCUCAGGUGGUACAUUUUGCGUAGCCGCUCCGAUUUACACGGCAGAAAUUUGCGAGAGUGAAAUACGAGGUGCUUUAGGAAGUUACUUUUCAUUAAUGCUUGCUGGUGGUAUACUUUAUGUAUACAUUAUAGGAUCUUUUAUAAAUUUAUAUAUUUUAACUAUAAUGUGUUUGCUCGUGCCUAUAAUCUUUGCCGUGACAUUCUUUUUUAUGCCGGAAUCGCCCAUGUUUCUGAUAUCCAAAGGAAAAACAGAACAAGCUGCUAAGUCUUUGCAAAAAUUGAGAGGCAAACAUUAUAAUAUAGAAGGAGAAAUGAGAGCGAUGCAACAGAAUCGAGCUUUUAGAACAAGAAAAUAA